CCCUGAUUUUUUUUUUUCUAAUGUCACACUUCUGCUGAAAAGUCCAUUUGGCUUCCCAUUGCCUUGGCAGUAAAAUACAACUUCUCAGCCUGGCCCCAGCCCAGGUGAGCUCCUGCUCUCCACAUCAGCACCCCCUUGCACACCAUUCCUGAAGCACACUGGGAAGUCCCACUGCCAGGCCUUUGCUUAUGCAGUUCCCACAUUCAGAAUGCUCCCCACCUGCCCCUCUCCCUACCCAAGUCCUACCCAUUGUUCAAGGCCCAGCUGUGACCUCUCUGCCUCUGUGGCCAGAGCGUGACAGCCCCUCUGAGUUCAGCCUUUUCUCUGAAGAUUACGAAGAACACUGAUGCCUCCUUUAAAUUGUAAUUAUUGCUGAGGGGUGGGAGCUUUUACUUUUAAACUUCACUGUCUCAAAGGUUAUAUUAUAAGACUAUAUAACAAGAGUCCUGUGAGCAGAUACUAUAAUUACUACUCCUGUUUUAAGAGCUGUAGUUCAGACUCAAGAGCUGCCCAAGGGCACACAGCUAGCUAGUGGUGGAGCUAUUAAUUAUAUAAAGUUUACUUCUCUCUCCCACAAGACUGAAAUCCCAUGAGAGCACAGACCACAACUAUCUUGUUCACUCUGGUAUGCAUGACAUUUACCAGUUGCUAAAUAAAUAUGUAUUAAAUGAAUAAUGCCUACAAGCAUCUUGAAAUGUAAGUAUUUUCUUAAUAAAAUGGUAGCAGCAAACAUUUAGCCCACUUGCCAGGCUCAUACUAAGUGGUCCCAUGGAUGGUUCCACUUAGUACCAGCAACCAUCCUAGGUGGUGAGUAUUUUAUAUUAUUACUGCCACAGGAAUGAGGCAACUUGAGCUUCCGAGGAGUUAAGUGAACUGCCCAAGGUCACACAGCAAAUAAAGAGGGUCUGACUCAGGCCUGCCUGGGGGCCCACAUUCCCCCAUUUUCAUCACUCACUACACUCCAUGCCUCUUCUUCAGGCUGCUCUGUACUAUUUCUCAGGGAAAGAAACUAACUGUGAACAGUGAGAUGACUUUCACGGUGUCACUCAGCAAAGCAGCAAGUGCGGGCUCUGGAACCCAGGAACGGUCCACCUGCAUAUCCCCUCCUUCCCCAACCCCUCUCCCGCCAUCACUGUGAGCAAGUCCCUCAGGGUUUGUCUUGACGCCUUAUCCAGCACACUUGUAGGCACUGGGUGGGAGUUACUGGGUACAGCCUCCCGGAGGGUGGUGAUGAGGGAGACGGCCACUCUUUGCGGGGGUCCUUGAGUCACCUGAGGGACAGCCUGGCUGCCCCCAGACGAUGGCCCUGCCCACCACUGUCAGGGUCCCGGGCACUCACCGGAGCAGUGGAUGAGGCGGAGUGGGUGGGAACACAGUGAGAAGCUUAGCAGCUCCAUCCAGAUGCGAAUUGUCUCUCCCACACUUCCCGGCUGCAGGGGCCUCCAUUAGAGCCCCUGAGGAGUCAGAAUCCACACCUCCGCAAAUGGGCCCGCUUUCCCAGGGCACCCCCUGCCCAGACCUUCCCUGGGCUCUGUGGGUUUUGACACCUCUCUGUAACGUGGCAGGGGGUCCACCUCGCACCUUUGGUCCAGAUAAAAGCUCAGUCCUGGAGGUGGACGGCCCAGCCUCCCAGAGCCCGCAGCCCCGGCCAUGGCCCAGUCCCCUCCUCUGCAGGGCCUCCUCGGCCACGACCACUGGAUCUUCCCCCAGGGUUGGGGCUGGACCGGCCACUCGGACUCCACGUCCCCGGCCUCCUCCUCGGAUUCGUCGGGCUCCUGCCCCUGCGACCGUGCCCGCGGCCCCUCGCAGCCGGCGCCCCCAGCCCGCAGCGCCUCAGAGGCCGCCUCGACGGCCCCCGGACGUGCGCGGACCCGGCCGGCAGGCGGGCAGAGGCAGAGCGCCAGCGAGCGUGAGAAGCUGCGCAUGCGCACGCUCGCUCGCGCCCUGCACGAGCUGCGCCGCUUUCUGCCGCCAUCCGUGGCUCCCGCCGGCCAGAGCCUGACGAAGAUCGAGACGCUGCGUCUGGCCAUCCGCUACAUCGGCCACCUGUCGGCCGUGCUGGGCGUCAGCGAGGAGAGCCUGCAGCGCCGGCGCCGGCGGCACAGCGACGCGGUGCUCCCUCGAGGCUGCCCGCUGUGCCCCGACGGCGGCCCCGCGCAGGCGCAGACGCAAGGGUGCGGUCCUGGCUCAGCCGCUAGCGCCGCGGUGUCUUGGGGUUCCCCGCCCGUCUGUCCCGGAGCCCUAGCAGCGCCCGAGCGCCUGGGGAGCAGCGUCCCCGAUAUGGGUCCCUGGGUGACACCCCCUUACUGCCCCGGGAUGCAGUCGCCCCCGCAGCUGUCCCAGGGGAGAGCCCCUGACGCGGCCCGUUGGAUGCCGCCCCAAGCCUGUUCCGGAACGCAGACACCCCCAGAGCCCCACAACCAGGCCACGCCCUGGACCUCGCUCCCCGCGAUGGAGCUGGCUGCAGUGUACCAGGUACGCGCCCAGGCUCUCUCCGCUUCCCUCGGAGUGGCCCCCAGGCUUCGAUUGGAAACGGAGUGGGGUAUCUCUGUGUCUCCGGAGCCCUCUCUGUUGCCAGAAACCCCUCCUGUCCUGCCCCGCCCAGCAUGCCAGAGACUCCAGUCUGAGACCCAGUGGGGAUGCUGGAGCCACAGUGCAGAGGUGCUGCCCAGCUCGGAGGACCAGGGACCAGGCCCCGCCUUCCAGCUCAGUGAUGAAAGCCCUCCCCAGAGCUCAGGCCUACAGCUCAGUGGCUGCCCUGAAUUUUGGCAAGAAGAUUUGGAGGGGACUCACCUGGGCAUCUUCUACUAAUGGCCUUGGCUGCCCCCUUUCCAGCCAGGAAUCAGGCCUGUAGCGUGGGGUGUCCUCCUCACCUGCUACUUCACUAGUAUUCAGGCUUUGUUUAGCCAAGGAUCCCUUUUCCAAAUGAUGUCUUUCAUGGAAGCAGUGUUUGAAACAGCUAAGGAUGGCCUCCCUGGCUGAGGUCGGGGCUGGGGCAGUCCCUCCACUUCUAGAUGCCCCCCAGAACAACCAGUGCUCUGCAGAGCACAUCCUGAGCUGCAGUAACAUGGGUUGUUUGACCACAGUGGUUGGACAGGCUGGGACUGGUGGGGGAGUGGGCUUGGGGGGCUGGGGAUGGGAGUGGGAAGAAAAGUAUAUGCUUAGAUUUUGUACUUCUUAAAAAAAAAAUCCAAAAGAAACCCCCAAAUUUGGUUUGGUCUGUUUUUCUUCUAUCCACCUGGGUUUUUAUUGCUUCUGGAAAAGGAAAAACGUUCCCAUCCUGCAGGGAACAAAUCAUACUGCUUUUCCCCUCCUGGAAUCCAGGCCCUCACUUGCCAAUUUGACAGUAAUCAUUGCGCCGAGGCUCCACCUGGCCUGCUGUACAGGUGACACAGGUGCGUUAAUGCUCGGGCCUGUUCACUUGCCUGAAGCCCGUCACCAUUGCCCUUUUGCAUUCUCCUGGGUGCAUUCCUGCUGACCCAUAGGGCUCUUUCACAGUUAUGUGAAGUUGUUUCCAAAGGGUGCUUGUGAGUGGCUCCCAUGUGCUAGGCCCAGUGUAUUCGUUUACUAGGGCUGCCAUAAGACAAUACCACAAAUUGGGUGGCUUAAACAACAGAAAUUGAUUUUCUCAUAGUUCUGGAGACUGGAAGUCCAAGACCAAGGGGUCAGCAGGUUUAUUUUCUUCUGAGGCCUCUCUCCUUGGCUUGCAGAUGGCCACCUUCUUCCUGUGUCCUCGCAUGGUUAUCCCAUGGUCCAGUCUCUGUGUCUGUGUCUUAAUCUUC